AUGGUGGCUGGUGCCCGCGGCGGGUGCGCGCAGGCGGGAGCUGCCCGGCACGGCCUCCUGGCCCUGCUGCUCGUGGUCUGCGCCCCGCUCCGGCUGCAGGCGGAGAAGUUGGGUGAUGGCUGUGGGCACAUAGUGACCUAUCUGGACAGUGGCACCAUGGCAUCUAAGAAUUAUCCAAGGACUUACCCCAAUCACACUAGUUGUGAAAAGACAAUCACAGUACCAAAGGGGAAGAGAUUGAUUCUGAGGUUAGGAGAUUUGGAUAUUGAGUCCCAGACCUGUGCUUCUGACUACCUUCUCUUCACCAGCAAUUCUGAUCAGUAUGGACCAUAUUGUGGAAGUAUGAAUGUUCCCAAAGAAUUCUUGCUGAACACAAGUGAAGUAACUGUUCGCUUUGUGAGUGGAUCCCACACUUCUGGGCGUGGCUUUUUGCUGACCUAUGCCAGCAGUGACCAUCCAGAUUUAAUAACGUGCUUGGAACGCGCUAACCAUUAUUUGAAGACAGAAUACAGCAAAUUCUGCCCAGCUGGUUGUAGAGACAUAGCAGGAGACAUUUUUGGGAACGUGGUGGAUGGAUAUAGAGAUAACUCUUUAUUAUGCAAAGCCGCCAUCCACGCAGGAAUAAUUGCAGAUGAACUGGGCGGCCAGAUCAGUGUGCUUCAGCGCAAAGGGAUAAGUCGAUACCAAGGAAUCCUGGCUAAUGGUGUGCUAUCAAGGGAUGGUUCCUUGUCAGACAAGCGAUUUCUGUUUACCUCCAACGGUUGCAGCACAUCCUUAAGUUUGGAGACUGACGGGCAAAUCGCAGCCUCUUCUUGGCAGUGGGUGGAUGAGUUUGGACAACAGGUUCAUUGGUCUCCUGGCCAAACCCGACUUCAGGACCAAGGCUCGUCAUGGGCUUUGGGGGACAGCAGCAAGAACCACAAACAACGAGAGUGGCUGGAGAUAGAUUUGGGAGAGGAAAAGAAAAUAACAGGAAUUAGGACCACAGAAUCCACACAACCAAAUUUCAACUUCUAUGUUAAGAGUUUUGUGGUGAACUUCAAAAACAACAACUCCAAGUGGAGGACCUACAAAGGAAUUGUGAAUAAUGAAAAAAAGGUGUUUCGGGGCAACUUUAAUUUUCGGGAUCCAGUGAUGAACAAUUUCAUCCCUCCCAUCGUGGCCAGAUAUGUGCGGGUCAUUCCCCAGACAUGGCACCAGAGGGUCGCUCUGACAGUGGAGCUCAUCGGUUGCCAGAUUACACAAGGUAACGACUCAUUGGUGUGGCACCAAACCAGUUUAAAUUCUGUUGAUUCGACUAAAAGAGAAGAUGAGACAGUCACAAAACUCAUCCCCUCUGAAGAAAUGCCCACAGGAGUCAACGUCGCAGUGGUUGCCACCCCGCUGGUGCUCCUGCUUGCCCUGCUGAUGGCUGGAAUGGGGGUCUCUGUAGCCCUCAGAAAGAGGAAGAAGAAAGGAACUCCUUAUGCACCCACUAAAGCUCAGAAAACAGACUGUUGGAAGCAGAUUAAAUAUCCCUUUGCCAGACAUCAGUCAGCUGAGUUUACCAUCAGCUAUGAUAAUGAAAAGGAGAUGGCACAACGGUUAGACCUCAUUUCAAGGGACAUGGCGGAUUACCAGCAGCCUGUCAUGAUUGGCACUGGGACAGUCACCAGGAAGGGCUCGACCUUCCGGCCCAUGGACACUGAGGCCCCCGAGGCUGGGGCGAGCGCUGAGUCCGGCAGCCACUACCGCUGCCCUCCCACUGCCAACUGCCACGAGUACGCGCUGCCCUUGACCAACCUGGAGCCCGAGUACGCCACGCCCAUCGUGGAGCGGCAGGUGGCGCGCGCGCGCACCUUCUCCGCGCACAGCGGCUACCACGCGCCCACGCACCAGCCCUGCCUCUCCGCCGGCGGCUUCUCCCCGGCCGCCGCGGGGGCCUGCGCCUCCAGCCGGGACUACCAAAGGCCGCAGAGCCCGGUGCUCACACACACGGGCUACGAUCAGCCCAAAGCAGGGGGCUGCUCCACCGCCGAGUGUGCGGAGCCCGCCUGCCAGCCCCAGAUGAAUGACGCUUACUCAGCCCCCAGGGACUGCCUCAGGCCCCUCGGCCCCACGGCUGUGACCGCUCUUCUGUGAACACAAUGUGAAAGACACCUGCUGUGGUACUGAGCGCUGGGUUGUGCGGCACUGGAAGAAGGGAGAUGGCU